AAUCCUCAGGUGAAGAUUAACAACAACAGAGAAAGAAAAACACUGGUCCACAGACUCAGCAGAAGCCCUGACUCCACAGCAGGUGGACUCUGACAAUAAAAAGCUUGGUUAACAUCAUUAAAGAGGUCUCUGCUUCAGGAAGCUUCCAUCUGCUUCACUUGGGACCACAGCUGCUCCCCAAAGCCAGAGAUGAUCAAUCAGGAACAUGAGGUGGUCAACCUGGGGGGUCCCCAGAAUUCAGGGCCCAUGAUGUCCACCGUGGUCAACAUCCAGACAGAGACCGUCGUGCCCGACCACAUCGUCUGGUCCCUGUUCAACACGCUCUUCUUCAACACCUGCUGCCUGGGCUUUGUGGCCUUCGCCUUCUCCGUGAAGUCUAGGGACCGGAAGAUGGUGGGAGACGUGAUCGGGGCCCAGAGCUAUGCGUCCACCGCCAAGUGCCUGAACAUCUGGGCGGUGGUCCUGGGAAUCCUUUCCAUCCUUGCUGUCAUCAUCACGGUCGUCGUUGUCAUCACUGCAGGGGUUCAUCAGGCUAGAGGGCACCUUUAGUAACUGCCCAAAGCCUGAGGCAGUCACCCCAGCUGUUUAUACACACAUGUGUCUACCCUGAAUUCAAUAAAGGACAUAUGUGUGA